AUGUCGGAAAAGCUCGAAUACCUGGAAAACCAGUCAAGACAAAAUAAUAUCCGCAUCUACGGAGUUAAAGAAGGACUCGAAGGAGACGACAUCAUUGGCUUUGUCUUAGCAGAGAAGUUGGAGAUCUUACCUGAGAACAUCCAGAUCGCUGCCACGCACCGCUCUCUGGGGCAAAGACCAACUGGAGAGAACGUAGCCCCCCGAUCCAUGGUGGUCCGUUUCAUCCAGUGGAAUAUGCGACAUCUUGAGAACAGCCAGGUCCAAAAAAGAGAUCAGGAUCGGCAAUGCUCGUAUCUUCCUCUCCCAGGACUUCUCUAA